AUGCAUCUCACUCACUUGGCUACGGCCGCCUUUCUCUUCGUUUACUCUUCCAUGGCAAGGCCUGUCGACGAACCCAACACUAGCCUCCUCUCCGUCCCUUGGCCAUACUGGAACUAUGUUAAUGCCGAUUUCACUACUGUGGUAAAGCGAGACGCUACACCCACCAAUCUUGCUCGCGACGCCGCCCCCACUGACACCGCGGAUGCCGAUCCUGAUGUCUACAUCAAUACUGACUACAUUACAUACGACAUUCCUCUGCAUACUACCAUCACAUAUUAUGAUACGACCGUUACAUGGGACAACUUCGUCACACUCGGCGGCACCAUCUAUCCCUGGAUCCAUUUCACAAACGCCAUCCGCGAUGUCGUCCCCACUGACAUCCCUGAUGCCGAUGCCGAUGCCUAUGCGUCCCCCUCCGAGCCUUUCUUCGCAGAAGCAAAACCCACCCUCGAGGCUAGGGCCCAAGAGGCCCCUUCGGAUGCCGCCGCGCAGACCAGAAACGGUCAUUACUCCGAUUAA